GGUGCAGUGGUGGUUAACGUAUUACCGUUUAAGAUUUGGCCGGAAAAAUCGAGAAAGAAAGUGGUGAUUCUACUCUCAAGCCUUCAAAAUCAAAGCUUUUUGAUUAUUUUUUUUGUUUCUCGUUCUGUUUUACAAUUUUUUUUUAUUCCGUGGAGAUGAGCCAAAAGAAACUGACGAGGACUCAAUCGUCGUUACUCAGAUCAUCUCCGACGAUUCGAUCGUCGAUUCAAAGCCUAUCUUCAAUCACUGAAUGUGAUGACUUCAACGAAAUCUCUCACCACCGCCGUGAACAAGAUCUAGAAGCCGGUGAGAAAGAAGAGAAACAGAGGAGGAGAAAACCGGUUAAAUCAUUCGGGUCGAUUAACCGAAUUAAACCGGGUCUCGCAUUCACACUCGCUUGUCUUUCUUUCCUUAGUCUCUCAUCUUUCUUACUAUUCUUCGUUGAUGAGAUUUUCACGUCGGAGAAUCUCUUACUAGGUUUGAUUUUCGUCGCUCUUGCUCUGUUCUUCGCAUCGAGAAACAUGGCGGUUAUUAACCAAACCGUAAUCGCAAUCAAACAGAUUCGUGUAAGGUCUCGAAUCAAACACAAACCGAAACCGGUUCAAUGGUAUAUCGGAGAUACAAAACCGGAACCGAUCAAAGAAGAAGAACAGAGACUGGUCGUCAAAGAAGGAGUUCAAUAUUUUAGCAAUGGAGAUUUCUACGAAGGUGAAUUCAACAGAGGGAAGUGUAACGGAAGUGGAGUUUACUAUUAUUUCGUUAAUGGAAGAUAUGAAGGAGAUUGGAUCAAUGGAAGAUACGAUGGUUAUGGAAUCGAAUGUUGGUCUAAAGGGAGUAAAUAUAAAGGACAGUACAAGCAAGGACUUAGACAUGGUUAUGGAGUUUACUGGUUUUACACCGGAGAUUCUUACUCUGGUGAAUGGUUUAACGGUCAAAGUCAUGGCUUUGGUGUUCAAACUUGUGCUGAUGGUAGCUCUUUUGUCGGAGAAUUCAAAUUUGGUGUCAAACAUGGACUUGGUUCUUACCAUUUCAGGAAUGGAGAUAAGUAUGCAGGAGAGUAUUUUGGAGACAAGAUUCAUGGAUUUGGUGUUUACCAUUUCGCUAAUGGUCAUUAUUACGAAGGGGCUUGGCAUGAAGGUCGUAAACAAGGCUAUGGCACGUAUAGAUUCAGAACCGGUGAUAUCAAAUCCGGUGAAUGGGACGAUGGUAAUCUUGUAAACCAUCUUCCUCCAGAUUCUCACCCGGUUCGUAGAGCGGUUCAGAGUGCUCGAGAGAGAGCGAAGAAUGGAGUGAAUCAGAGACAGGUCGAUGAGCAUGUGAUACGAGCUGUGGCUGCGGCCAAUAAAGCUGCGACGGCUGCUAGAGUUGCAGCUGUGAAAGCCGUUCAAAAUCAAAUGGAUGGUAAAAUUUGUGACAAUUAAAGAUGACAUAGAGAAAUGUUUAUAUCUUGUUUUCUUUAUGUAGCCCUAGUGAGCUUAAAUUAUGAGAAGCUUUACUAUGGAGGUUUUUUUUUGUUUUUUUUUUACAUUUUUUUAACUAAUGUAAAUGUACAUAGAAGAAGUAAUGUUUGGCUUUUCAUUUUUGUAAAAGAAAAAGAUAUGUGGAUG